GAGAUGCUCACACAUCUGAAAUUCUUGCUUCUAGUGAGCCUUUUUAUCAACUUCGCCGUAAGCUCUGAAGACAUCAAAUGCGAUGCAAAGUUCAUUUCGAGAAUCACGAAACUCUGUAUUCACGGAAUUACUGAAGAUAAACUUGUUCGUCUUCUCACAAGAUGCUGCACAUCUCACUGCUCCAAAGCUCAUCUGAAAAUGUUCUGCACCCUGAAACCUCACGAAGAAGAACCACAUCACGAAAUCUAAAAAUCUAGAAACUAUAUUUUUUGUUGAAUAAAGUAAUUAGUUGACG